AUGGAGGAGCAGCCCGGGAAGCUGUCCCAGACUGACCAGGCCUGUGCCAUCUGCUGCCUGAGCUGCUGGCUCAACACGGCGAAGGGAAUCUGGUGUUUCCAGCCAACAGGGGAACCACCUCAGCACGGAACUUUCGGUGCCGCUGGUAGCCGCGACCCCCGGUACAGCCCGGCACCGGAGCGGCAGAACGGGCACCGGGAGCGGCGCGGAGAAGCAGGGCGGGGCCGGCCCCGGGAGAGCGGGCGGCUGGCCUCGCAGAUCCGCCGGCUGUACGGGGCGAACCGCCGCGCCGCCCGGCCCUUCUGGCUGUGCCUGACCGAGUUCGCGGCGGGGACGCCCAUCUACGAGCAGUGCUUCCGCAUGAACGACGGCUUCGCCGGGUACCUGAUGGAUACAACUCCAGAGAGUUACCUGGACCUGUUUCCUUUGGAGACCAUUGUUUAUCUCACUCCUGACUCUGAGAACGUCCUUGAAGACAUCGACCCGGACAAGGUGUACGUGCUGGGAGGGCUGGUGGACGAGAGCAUUCACAAGCAGCUGACCCUGCGGAGGGCGCGGGAGCAGCGCCUGCAGACGGCCCGGCUCCCCAUCCGCGAGUACAUGGUGAGGGCCCCCAACGCCAGGAACUACCACUGCGAGACUCUGGCCAUCAACCAGGUCUUUGAUGUCCUGUGCACCUACUACGAGACGAGGAGCUGGCCAGCAGCUCUGAGGGCUGGGGUUUCCUCUGGGAAAGGCUACGUGCUACCGGAGACAGCAGAACCGGUGGAGACAGCCCCGUGCGACGCUGCUGCCCAAGAAAACUCUUUAUUCUGUGGUGAGGAGCUGCACAGGCAGGAAGCACCAGCAUGACUGUGCACAGGAGACAGCUCGUCCCAGCAGUGUGAGGACCUUGCUGGAGCAACACCUUCUACCUCAGAAAUGUGAUGCUGGACAUCCCCCCCCUGCCCCUGAGCAGGGAAUAAAAGCCUGGUGGAGCCUGGGAUCAAAACUGACAGGAAUUCAGUUUUGCUUCUUUAGCAGCUGUUUGUUUGUGACUGCUGCACCUACAAUUGUUCUGGGAUGGGGAGGAGAGCUUUAAGGGGUUUUCUUCAUUUUAUUGAAACAGAGAGUAAGGUGAGGUUAGGGUUGCAAAGCUUAUGGGCAAGGAAAUCCCCCUACCAUAGGACAGAACAGUGCUGCUGCUGCAGGAAAAGGCAGGAUGGGGAGCAGCUCCCAAGGACUAUGUCCCAACAACUUAACCCAGUGAAGAUGUGGCGAGUUGUUGAAGCCUUUGGCUAGUUGAAUGCAUCUAAUACAAAAUAAAAGGUUUAGAUCCCCAUUGUGUACCUACAGUUACUGAUGAGUGGAACCUUGUCACACCUGACAUACACAGGUCCCUGACCCCUGUGUCCCUGCUGGGAGGUACCUGGGCUUGGCUGUGCCUGCUCAGAGCGGUGCCAGUGCCACAGCCACAGCAGGGAGUGUGUUUGGUGCAGCUGAGUCGAUGCCUUACCUCAGCCAUUGCUGCCAAAGGAGCCCUAAAACCUCAUGGCCAGUGGCAGCAGGACCUGAAGGUCAUCUGAGGUAAGUUUGGUUAUGUGUUUUCCUUCCUCCUUCGCAGCAAGACCCUUCCACAGCCCUGGGGCUAGUGUCCAGGUGCGUGCGGCACGGGUCUGCAGGUGCAGUGGGGGCUGCUGUGGUUUGACCCAAGCCAGGGGUGGCCCUGAGCUUACGCCACACCGGUGGUGUCAGUGCUGGCCAGUGCCCCCUGCUGUGCCCUGGGGGCUCUUGGCAAGCUGGGCGUGGCAGUGAUCCCCGUCGGUGUCCCAGAGCCAGGGACAGUGCUGUCCCCACGGUGCCUGGGGACAGGUGGGGCCAUCACUCCAGCCCCUCCGUGCCCCUCAGCUGCCCAGAGCAGCAGCAGCUCCUUGGGGAAAGGCAGCCAGCCCCAAUAUCCCCAGGCUGCUCCCCAGCAGUGAAGGACCAGUUUCUGCCCCUCCAUCCAAGGGGAUGCUGAGCCGAACCACCCUCCAGCUCACACCUGGCCAGGGUGAGCCCUGCUGGGAGGGGGACAGGGCUGGGGGAGCCCCUGGCAGCCCCUGCACAGCUCUGACCGCAGCGUUACGGCGUGGGGGCUCGCCCUGCUGGCACACUCGGAGCCAUGAGCCGCCCCAGAGGGGGGCUGGGUGGUGGCCAGGGCCUGUUCGGGGGCUGGGAGGUGGCCAGGGCCUGUCCUGCUCACCAGCACGUGGCUGCAGAGCAGGAGCAGCACUGCCCCGGCUGGGAUGACCCUCUCUGGCCAAGGAAAAGCAGCUGAAUGUGGGAUCACUGUGUUCCCUUGGCCGCAGAGGGUGGAGAAAGCCACCUGGGCUCCUCCUCCUUUGGCCAGGGUGGGGUUUGGCGUCCCUUUAGUGCAGGGCCUGCCUGGAGAGCAGGGUGAGAGAAAGGCAGGCUGAAGGGCUCCCACUCUCCCCCAUGGGUGACCGAGGCAGCUGAGACGACACCAUGAGACCGACACCUGCACAGCCUGAUAGCCCUGGGCAACACACACACGCUGAAGGGCUGCAAGAGCACCGGGGGCACGGCUGCUCUUGGGGAGGAAGCCCAGGCAGCAGUGUGGGCACGUCCUCCCGUGGCCAGACUGGGCUGAACAUCGCCCGGGAGAGAGCCUGAG